CUCUCACUUACAAUCCUCUCACUACAACUAUACAUUACUUCUCUCUCCUCCACACUAUAAUAAACCAUAAGAUGGAGAUUGAAUCAGUGAAGUGCGAUUGCUGUGGUUUAAGAGAGGAUUGCACCCAAGAGUACAUAACCAACGUGCAGGCCACGUUCAACGGGAAAUGGCUCUGUGGGCUGUGCUCGGAGGCGGUCCGGGACGAGGCGGGCCGGGCCGGGAAAAGGAAGAAGGCCCACGGGCCUCUGGAAGACGCCUUGAGGGCCCACAUGGCCUUUUGCCGGAAGACCAAGCUGAGCCCCGCCGGCGGUGUCGCCGACGGCAUGCGCCAGAUGCUCCGGCGGCGGUCCGGAAAGGACGACUUGGCCGACAUCUAGCUAGCACUCAGGGCACCAGUUCGUCUGUACUCCUGUUUUGAAUGAAUAAUGCUAUGCCCACUUCUAAAAGUAAAUGAGAUUUCCAUUGUAAUCUAUGAAAGUGGACGUAACAUUAUUCAUUCUGAGUUUGGUUGAGGGUGUUAGGUAUCUGAUUAAUCGAUGGCCUUAAUUUAAAUUAGCAUCUCAUGGCUACUUAAUUAGUUAUCUUUUUCCUAAUUUAACGUUUUUACCUUUUAGGUCGUCUUUGUUUUUGCUCUUUUAUUCGCCAUUGUGUUGUAUAGAAAGAAGGUUUUGUGCUAAUAGAGAUAUUUUAGUGUUCUAGGCUUCAUAUAAAAUAUAUUUUGC